UUAUUUGUAUUCGAAAGAGAAUAUGCAGUAACGGAAAGGAUAAGGAGAAGUGGACAUCAAUUUAUCUCAAGCCAGAAUUCAUGUUCAUCUGAUGAUGUUGCCUUUAAGGAAAAUGACCCCCUUAAAGGCAUCAACGCAGGCUUCAGCUGCAGCGUCAAAGAUUAAAAAUAAAAUGCUCAACACCUCCUCAUUCUUCAAAGUCUCACUGAAGACCAACAACAAAGCUUUGGCUGUUGCCUUAGCAGCCCAGAGAGAAAGAAGCAGGCAGCUGGAAAAGGAGGUUGUAUACCUGCAAAAACAAGUGGAAGGUCUAUGUUUUGAGUUGGCCACCAGAAAAUACAAGCACAGGAAACUGCUCUUGAUCUUGAAAGAUCUCCAUAGCAACACGUUGCAUCACUUGGACAUGGUGGCUGACCUUUUCUCUUCGGACAGUGAUUUCCAUAAAUUAUCUGAAGACUGCAAGACCGUCACCAAUGACAUUAGUGAUGAAAAUCUUCCAACUGGAGGUUUCACAGAUCAAUUACCUUCUCAGCCAGAAAUGUUGAGAGAUUUGUUGUCUCCAACCAAACUGAUGCCCCCUGACAAAAAACUGACUGAGAAUAUUGUCAGUGCAGGGAGGAAAUCUAGAAGUUUCACAGAUAACACAUGUGAUGAGAAAAGACGCUCAAGUCAAUCAGUACAGCCUGUUCUGAUAGGAAUAUCCCGCACUUCUUGCAAUCUCAAGGAUGAUGUAGAGAGGCUUUCGAUGAAGUUCUCUCAGUCUGGAUAUGAUAUGACCUCAGUCAACUGGCUUUUGAAUGAUCAAACCACAUCGUUUGAGAACAUGUGUGAAAAGUCCAACCCAUCUGUUUCUGAUGAACCAGAGCAGUGUAACAUACAAGAGAAGACUGUGCUUCUUAAUGCCACAAUGGAGACGACUGCAAGUAACAUUACUGAGAUAAUUACUGUGCAAAGCAAAACCAAAAAACCAGGACACACUGAUAAAUCGAAAAGUAAGAAAAAUAAGGAAAAAACAAGAACAAAUGUAACUAAAGAUCUACAAAACAAGAAGUCUGCAGAUAUGUCUACUGACAUUAUACCACAAACAGAUAUCAAGGUACAGGAGAAUUUUAGAGACCCAGAGGUUAAUGAUUAUGAGCCCACUAAAACAGCAAACAUGAGCGCUGUUAUCUCCCGCAUACCCAAAUUGAACAAAUCUCAGGAAGGAAACUAUCAGAAAAUGACAAAGGACAAGGACAAAUCAAAACCCUGUGAUAAUACCACCUCAAACACAGGGUCUUGUGACUUUGUCUUACCAGGCCUUGAUGAUUAUGUGGGGCUUGAUAACAAUCAACUUAUGGAGACUGACCAAAAUGCAAUUCUACAACCACAGGAGACCAUUUCAGAAGAAGCAAGGUCUAAAAUUAACUGUCGGAGGUCAAAGAACAAGGGUAAGAGGCUGUCUUCGGUCAUAAGAAAAACGUUUGUUAUAUCACCUUCGCCAUUUCAUGAUCAGAACAUUGAGAGCAUCCGGACCAAUUUGCAAUUGGCCCAUACUUUUAACAACUCUGAAGCUAACAACUGGCACAAAAUGGAGGAGGACAAAUCAAAAUCCUGCAAUUCUACCAAGUCAAACACAACAUCUUGUGACCGUGUCAUACUGGACAUGGACGAUUACUUCAGGGAUAAAAGUCACUCUGCUGAAGUCAGCAGAAAUAUAACAUUACAACCACAGGAAAACAUUUCAGAAGAUGGAAGGUCAAAAAUCAACUACAGAAUGCCCAAAACUAAAGGAAGGAGGGUUUCUUCAGUUAACAGGAAAACUUUUGUCAUCUCAUCAUUGCCAUCUCAUGAAAGUUACAGUGAGAGUAACUGGACCAAUUUGGAAUCGGUUAAUAAUGAAGUGAGAGGAACAUACAAACCCUGCCAAAACCAAGAUGAGCUCAGGUCACCAGAACAGUCUAUUUUUUGUGAUAACGUAACAAUUUCAGAGUCAGAACAAGUAGAGUGUCUUUCCCUUAUUGACAAUAAACAGAUGAGAAAAAUGUUAACAGCUGCAAAUCCUGGUGGAAAUCAGAAAUCAAAAUGCAGAGAAACGUUUGUAAUCAGAGAGAGCCCCUCAUCAGAUAAAGUAACAACUAAAGGAGAUGCCAGUAGUGAGGCAGAAAAAUCAACAAGUGCUAGACAGCAACCGGAAUCAUGCCCUCACAGUGAUAAGAUUAUUGAAGGUUCAUCUAAGCGUCCUUGGGUGACCACUCAGGAUAGCGAAAGCUUUCCGGAUGACAUGAACCAUGAGGAACAAGCGGAGGAUCAAGGGUCUCCCACUCCCUUUACAGAAAUUCAGAAACCAAAAAAAGCCAGGAGAGCAGAAACUAGUCGAUCCGCCAAGAAGAAAGCAGUGCAGAAGGAGGACUCCACUGAAAGGAAAAAGAAUAAGAAAGGUAGCCGUAGCAACAAAGGAUUGAGAUCUGAUAAUGGCAAGGGCGAUCUCGUAGAAUUCAGUGAUAGUUCACAUCUUCAAGGCAGCAGUUUCACAUAUACUCCCAUAACUGGUGAAGAUCAACUACAUGUUUUGCAAGCAGCUGAGUCACAGUCUACCAUCAGUGAAGAGGAUGAAAUCUUUGCAGGUGUUAAUGAAAGAAAGUCCAGGUUGAAUUGUAACAGUGAAACAGUGAAACAACAGUGUAGAAAGACGUUCGAUCUGUGGUCACCUCAAAAUCUAACGGAGACAUUUUUUUUGCCCAGUCAUAUUUCUUUAGACAGCGUUUCACCAACAAAGACAACAAAUAUUUCAACCUCCUCUAGUCGCACUGUAGAAGCCACUGAGGAAGUUCAUGUGAAUCUGGGAGACCUUCUGACUGAUGAGAUGCCACCAUGGACGGCCUUAGAUGUCAGUGCUGCCGACAUGGGGAUGGGAUCAGUGCUCUGUACUCCCAGGAGAGAGACAACAAGCAAGAUGGAAGAGACUGAGAAGUCUAACAUUAACACAACGAAAGCCUCUCCAGGAAGAGUUUUAACCUCACUGACCAACACCAUCACAACCCCAGAUAGUAUAAAUGGAGGAAGAACAAGAAGACGAAAAGACGUUGUCAGUUACAAGGAGCCCUCUCUAAACUGCAAAAUGAGGCGUGGAGACAAAUUCACAGACGGUAUGUUUCUGAACUCUCCAGUGUUUAAGGACAAGAAGAAGAGGCAGCAGAAGAAGACGACAGCAACGCAGAAUUUGGAUUAAUCACUGUGGGAUUGAUAUACAGUACAUGAACGUGUAUUUUAUAUCACUUAUAAUUUUUCUUUUUAUCUGAAGUUGUUGACUAAUGAAAGUUUUUAAAUAAAGUUCUGUUGGUGUUUUUAAUUCAACCUCAGACAUGUUUGUUGGCAUCAUUGUUAUACAGACUGGAGAGACUGAAUGCUUCUACGUUCAUCUAUGACCAUGGUACUGUGUGUUUCCCAGUGACGUGGUGUUACUAAUUGUUGGGGAGAUUGACGGGAGGUCGGUCAUAAAUUAUUCAGUCUGGACUGUUCACCUGAGAAGACUGUCCUCUUGGUUCCGCAUCGCUGUUUAAGGCUUGUGUUCCUCAGAAAGGUUACCAGAUUCAGUCCAGCAUGGCAGCAGCAAGCAAUGUUUAUGAUUUUUAUAUUGUCAUGUGAACUAAGGCUUGCAGCAGUUUGCAGUUGUACACUAUUGUUGGUGAGUACAGCAUGUUAACUUUUUAAACAAUGUGCUGUUUCUAAUUCUAUUAAAAUGCCAUU